AUGAUACAGGACACCAAUACUGACUUCAUGGCAUCCACACAGAAGAAUCUGUCGUACUCUUCGCCGUUCAACGUCACUAGCUGGGACGACCUGCUGUUUAUCCUCGAGUAUCACAUCCCUGUGGCUCUGGCCCUAAACAAGGCCAUUACGCCCAUCUGGUACGCCAUCGGCCUUGUUGGCAACGUCACUUCCGCUGCCGUGUGGCUGAGUUCCGGUCUGCGCAUGUCCAACACCGCUGCGUACUAUCUAGCAUCUCUGGCCAUCGCCGAUCUGUUAUUUCUCAUCCUACAAGUGUUCUACGAACUGGAAUAUCCUUGGCUGGUCCGCGCCCUUGACCUUCAAGGAUGGUGUCAGAUCUGGAACAUCCUCAAUAUGGCGGUCGGCUACAUCUGCGUUCUGCUGGUUUUCGGUUUCACCUUUGAGCGGUUCUUGUCCAUCUGCUACCCGUUCAAAUCGGAGCGGUUCAGCAAGACCUCGAGAUCCAAGAGGGUCAUCUUCCUUAUCGUCCUCGUGUCCUUCCUCGUCGCGCUUCCUCAGGGAUACUUCUGGGACGUCAGAUACAACGGCUGCCACGUGCGCAUCAGUCUGGUGAUGCAGCGAGAGAGGUCGCUGUACUCCAUCUGGAACUGGGGGUCCGAGAUGAUCAUGUUCGGGCUGGUCCCCCUCGUGGUUCUCGUCCUCAACAUAUGCGUCUUGCACAAGAUCAAACACGCCGGGCAGCUGAAGCUGGGCGACACGUCCGCUAGCAACUCCCACAAACGUUACAUAUCCACCACGGUGACGCUGCUGUGGGUGUCGUUCUACCUGAUCCUCACGACCCUGCCCGUGACGCUGAUGUUUGCGAUGCAGACGAAGUUCACGCUCGGCUCGCCCAUGUCUUUAGAGGCGAUGGCAGACGAUCCGCACUGGAGGACGUUCUUUUCCUACCAAUUCGCCAGGACGGUCAUCAAGGAGAUCGGGCUGUCGCACUAUGCGUGCAACCUCUUCAUCUACUGCUUUACGUGCAAAAAAUUCAGGUUCCACUUGUUUCGUUUACUGUUCGGACCGGGUGUUGUGUGUUUCGGGAGCGAUGACAGUGAUUCGAAAACUGGGAGGCAGCCCUCUCAGUCGUUCCAAAUGGAACAGAAACUCUUGCCAUACGAGCGUUCGCCCAAUAUGUCGACUGGCGUAAAACACACGGAUGUAUCAAUACAUUAA